GAGAGAGAGAGAGAGAGCCAAGAGGACGGAAAGUUUAGAGAGCGAAAGUGGAGAAAAAAGCAGGUGGGAAUCACAUGGGCUUGUUGUUGUCUCUCGCUGCCUCCGCACCAUGAUCUUCUUCUUCAUCAGCAUCAUCGUCGUCACCCACUGAUUCUACCACAAGAUUCCCCAUCCACCGCCCCACCAUGGCUGACGAUAAGGAAAUUUCUGGGCCUGUUGUUGAUGGAAAUGAUCCAACGGGUCACAUCAUUUCCACGACGAUUGGAGGAAAAAAUGGAGAACCGAAGCAGACCAUCAGUUACAUGGCAGAACGGGUUGUGGGGACGGGAUCAUUUGGAAUUGUUUUUCAGGCAAAAUGCUUGGAAACUGGUGAGACCGUAGCUAUAAAGAAGGUUUUGCAGGACAGAAGAUAUAAGAAUCGUGAACUGCAGCUCAUGCGUGUGAUGGAUCAUCCAAAUGUGAUCUCUUUGAAGCAUUGCUUCUUUUCCACGACUAGUAAAAAUGAACUUUUUCUCAACCUAGUUAUGGAAUAUGUACCUGAGACCAUGUAUCGGGUCUUGAAGCAUUACAGCAAUGCAAAUCAGAGAAUGCCACUCAUCUACGUGAAACUUUACAUGUACCAGAUCUUUAGGGGGCUGGCUUACAUACAUACUGUUCCUGGAGUUUGCCAUAGGGAUUUGAAGCCUCAAAAUCUUUUGGUUGAUCCUCUCACUCAUCAGGUUAAGCUUUGUGAUUUCGGAAGUGCAAAAGUGCUGAUCAAAGGUGAAGCAAACAUAUCAUACAUAUGCUCGCGAUUCUAUCGGGCUCCCGAACUUAUAUUUGGUGCCACAGAAUAUACAACAUCAAUUGAUAUCUGGUCAGCUGGUUGUGUCCUAGCGGAGCUUCUUCUAGGGCAGCCAUUGUUUCCUGGAGAAAAUGCGGUGGACCAGCUUGUAGAAAUUAUCAAGGUUCUUGGUACACCAACUCGUGAAGAAAUUCGUUGUAUGAAUCCAAAUUAUACCGAUUUUAGGUUUCCACAGAUAAAAGCACAUCCUUGGCACAAGGUUUUCCAUAAAAGGAUGCCUCCAGAAGCAAUUGAUCUGGCUUCGAGACUGCUGCAAUACUCACCUAGUCUUCGCUGUACAGCGCUAGAAGCGUGUGCUCACCCUUUCUUUGAUGAACUCCGAGAACCCAAUGCUCGCCUACCAAAUGGUCGCCCAUUGCCACCCCUUUUUAAUUUUAAACAGGAAAUGUCAGGGGCUUCACCAGAGCUUGUUAAUAGGUUGAUUCCAGAGCACGUGAAACGCCAAAUGGGUUUAAAUUUCUUGCAUCCAGCAGGCACUUAAGUGUGGAAAGUUAUGUGGGAAUGUUUGUCUUCCAGUUGAUGUGUGACACAAGGAGUUACUAUCUUUGUGUUAGAAUCCCGAUGCCUUGCAGCCUGAGCAGUAUCACUUCUUGCUGUUGCUUCACCCAGAUGCAUAGAGACUCAAGUGGCUGGAUAGCUGCGGUUGCUUGAUGAGUUCCUUAAUACGGUUUCCUCCCUAUCCCUCCUGAAACUCUCUCUUUACAAGCCUCCUUUCUUAAGACACCUUUUUGUUUUUGUACAUGUUUGAUAGUUAAGAUAGCUGGAGAUGUACUGAUCAGAAAGCUGCUAGCAGAGGAAAAGCUAGGGGAAAGUGUAUUUAUAGCUAGGAAGAAAGCCCCAAAUAGAAUGGCUGAACAAAAAGGGGGGGCGAUCUUGUUGCUUGUUGGGUAUGAUUUACGUGCAUGUUGUUUUCCUUUUACUUCUUUGGUGAUUGACUUGUAUUUGCAGACAAAUUUGUUACCAACUAUUUGUGCGAAUUAAAAUGCUAUUGUUCUGUGUUUA